ACUCUUUAGAUCUCCCUUGAAGAGGGCUGGUAUAUUUGUGCCUGCUGGAGGUGGAAUUAACAGUUAGAAGGAGAAAGGGAGUGAAUGGACUUACAGGAAGGUUUUCAAGUAAAUUCAGGGAAACACAUUUACUUGAAUAGUACAACCUUGAGUCUUAUUUUACACUAAGACGACACAAAAGACGUUAAAGUUAUCACCAAGCUGCCGGACAAAUAUAUAUUCCAACACCAAGGUGCAGAUCAGCAUAGAUCUGUGAUUCAGAAAUCAGGAUUUGUCUUGGAAAGAGCUCAAGGGUUGAGAAGAACUCAAGAGCCAGUGAAGAUAACUUUGGGAACUACAGUUUAUCAGAAGAUCAACUUUCGUUGAUUCAAAUACCAAAGGCCUGAUUAGCAUCAAUCUAUAUAGGAAUGCAUAGGUCAUCUGAUCAAAUACUGUUAGCCUUUUUCUGCUACAUCAAUGCAGGAAAAACUCUUACCAACUGUGGAUAAUUGGAAAUCCAAGUUUCAGCUUUCCUAGAAAUAACUACUCUUGACAUAUUCCCAAAUAUUUAAAAUAGGACAGGAAAAAUCAGUGAGGAUGUUAUGUUCAGAAAUGUCACUGUCAUGAAGAAUAGGUAAAUUUGUUUUUUCAGCUACUGGGAAAGCAUACCUCCUAGGAACUUAGUUUUUUUUUUUUUUUUUUUUUUAAGAGGACAAGAAGGACUAAAAAUACCAACUUCUGCUUUUGGACAAAAAUGCAUCUGACUGUAUUUCUACUUAGGAGUAUUGUGGGUUUCCUCUGGAGCUGCUGGGUUCUAGUGGGUUAUGCAAAAGGAGGUUUGGGAGACAAUCAUGUUCACUCCAGUUUUAUUUAUAGAAGACUACGGAACCACGAAAGACGGGAAAUACAGAGGGAAAUUCUCUCUAUCUUGGGUUUGCCUCAUAGACCCAGACCAUUUUCACCUGGAAAACAAGCUUCCUCUGCACCUCUCUUUAUGCUGGACCUAUACAAUGCUAUGGCCAAUGAAGAAAAUCCCGAAGAGUCGGAAUACUCAGUGAGGGCAUCCCUGGCAGGAGAGACCAGAGGAGCGAGAAAAGGAUACCCAGCCUCUCCCAAUGGGUACACUCGUCGCAUACAGUUAUCUCGAACGACUCCUCUGACCACCCAGAGCCCACCUCUAGCCAGCCUCCAGGAUACCAACUUUCUGAAUGAUGCUGACAUGGUCAUGAGCUUUGUCAAUUUAGUUGAAAGAGACAAGGAUUUUUCUCACCAGCGAAGGCAUUACAAAGAAUUCCGGUUUGAUCUGACUCAAAUUCCUCAUGGAGAAGCAGUGACAGCAGCUGAAUUCCGAAUAUACAAGGACCAGAGCAAUAGUCGAUUUGAAAAUGAAACAAUUAAGAUUAGCAUAUAUCAGAUCAUCAAGGAAUACACAAAUAGGGAUGCAGAUCUGUUCCUGUUAGACACAAGAAAAGCCCAAGCUUUAGAUGUGGGUUGGCUUGUCUUUGAUAUCACUGUGACCAGCAAUCAUUGGGUAAUUAAUCCACAGAAUAAUUUGGGUUUACAACUCUGUGCAGAAACGGGAGAUGGACGCAGUAUCAGUGUAAAAUCCGCCGGUCUUGUGGGAAGACAUGGGCCUCAGUCAAAACAACCGUUCAUGGUGGCCUUCUUCAAGGCAAGCGAGGUACUUCUUCGAUCCGUGAGAGCAGCUAACAAACGGAAAAAUCAACACCGCAAUAAAUCCAGCUCUCAUCAGGACUCCUCCAGAAUGUCCAGUGUUGGAGAUUAUAAUACCAGUGAACAAAAACAAGCCUGUAAGAAGCAUGAACUCUAUGUGAGUUUCCGGGAUCUGGGAUGGCAGGACUGGAUUAUAGCACCAGAAGGAUAUGCUGCAUUUUAUUGUGAUGGAGAAUGUUCUUUUCCACUCAAUGCUCACAUGAAUGCCACCAACCAUGCUAUAGUUCAGACUCUGGUUCAUCUGAUGUUUCCUGACCACGUACCAAAGCCUUGUUGUGCUCCAACCAAAUUAAAUGCCAUCUCUGUGCUGUACUUUGAUGACAGCUCCAAUGUCAUUUUGAAAAAAUACAGAAAUAUGGUAGUGCGCUCAUGUGGCUGCCACUGAUGUUAAGUAAUAAUGGUAACAAGAAAAAGUUCUGUAUUAAGGUUUAUGACUAUAAUAAAAAGUAUGCUUUCAGACAAGGGAAUUUCAUAAAAUUAGUCUGGCUCAUUUCAUCUCUGUACCUAUGUACAAUAUUGUGUAUAUAGUCACUUUUAUUUAUUUAAAGGUAUAUAUUCUCCUUUGUGGAUGCCUUAUCAACAAAAUCUAUUUUAUAGGUCUAUCACACAAUAGAUAGCCCAGUGUAACUUUCAAUGGGAUAUGCUAAGUCCAAUUCAAUUCCAUUUCAACAUUUUUUCUAAUACGAUUUUUAUAUAAUUUUCUGAAAUUAGACAGAACUCCUUUGCAUGUUAAUCACUGGUGAAGGAAAUUGAAUGCAUUUGGUUACGUUGUGCCAGUGAAAACUGAUAGGAUAUUUAUUUAGAAAUAAAACUAAAAAA